GUGGGGAGGAAAGGGGAGGAACUCAUUGAUGGUCGAGGUAACCUAGACUUUAGCUCACCUCUACUCGAUCUCCUGGUCCAGGAACCCAUAACCCUCCCUAACCCUUAGUCCACACACUUCUGCCAAAAUCCCAGAUCAGCCCCAGGCCCUCUUCGCUAAGAGCCAGGUAGGAAAGGAGGGACAGGUUGGGGCGCCAGGGCCCGGAGCCUGCUUCCACACACGGCCCCUCAGCCCUUCUCUCCUGGCGGCCAGGGCGCCCCACCCGCGGGUGCAGCCCGGCGAAGGAAGCGUGGCGCAGCAUCGGGAACAGGGUCUGCGCGGCGGGGUGGGGGCCCUCGGCACCCAGAGCUGGGAGAAAGGAGUUAAAGAGCGGGGAUUGGCUCUGCGGACUCUUCGGUCACCGAGUCUGGGAGGGGAAGCCUGCGGGAGGGAGGUUUCUGCUUGGCUGGGGACCUCCUCGUUCCCCCACCCCCGGACGGCCGGAGCCCGAGCCGGCCGGACGCCCCUUCUGGCACAGUCCUGGGGCCGGCGCGCGCCCACAAGCAGUCUCCUCCCCGACGCUCCCGCUCCCCAGCUCUCCGGAACAUUUCUCCCGCUCCUUGCUCCGCCGGUCUCCCCCCAACCCCCCGGAGCUGGGCCUGCCCCACCUGCUCCACGGUGCCCUGCGCCCCGCCUAGCGCGCUGGCAGCUCUGACCGUCGCAGCUUCCACGCGCAGCGGGCCUCGGGAGAUGCCAGGCGCGCGCGGCUGAGCCUGAGGAGCCCAUGCUGGGAGCGCUCGCCCCUCGCCGUGCCCUCUGAGGCCAUGCCGGGCCCCCCACGCCCCACGCGUGCCCGGCCGCGCCUGCGGGCGCUGCUGCUCCUGCCGCCGCUGCUGCUGCUGCGGGGCGGCCACGCGGGCAACCUGACGGUGGCAGUGGUGCUGCCGCUGGCCAACACCUCGUACCCGUGGUCCUGGACGCGCGUGGGACCGGCCGUGGAGCUGGCUCUCGCGCGGGUGAAGGCACGGCCCGACUUGCUGCCGGGCUGGACGGUCCGCACGGUGCUGGGCAGCAGCGAGAAUGCGGCGGGCGCCUGCUCGGACACCGCCGCGCCCCUGGCCGCCGUGGACCUCAAGUGGGAGCACAACCCCGCGGUGUUCCUGGGCCCGGGCUGCGUGUACGCCGCCGCCCCGGUGGGACGCUUCACUGCGCACUGGCGGGUGCCGCUGCUCACGGCCGGCGCCGCGGCGCUGGGCUUCGGGCUCAAGGACGAGUACGCGCUGACCACGCGCGCGGGGCCCAGCCACGCCAAGCUCGGCGACUUCGUGGCCGCGCUGCACCGACGGCUGGGCUGGGAGCGCCAGGCGCUAGUGCUCUACGCCGACCCGCCGGGCGGAGACCGACCCUGCUUCUUCGUCGUGGAGGGGCUGUACAUGCGGGUCCGUGACCACCUCAACAUCACGGUGGACCACCAGGAGUUCGCCGAGGGCGACCAGGACCACUAUACCAUGCUGCUGCGGACCGUGCGGCGCAAGGGCCGAGUUAUCUACAUCUGCAGCUCUCCAGAUGCCUUCAGGACCCUGAUGCUUCUAGCCCUGGAUGCUGGACUGACUGGGGAGGACUAUGUUUUCUUCCACCUGGACGUGUUUGGACAAAGCCUUCAGGGUGCUCAGGGCCCUGCUCCCAGAAAGCCCUGGGAGAGAGGAGAUGGGCAGGACAGCAGGGCCCACCAGGCCUUUCAGGCUGCCAAAAUCAUUACUUACAAAGAACCGGAUAAUCCUGAGUACUUGGAAUUCCUGAAGCAGCUAAAAGCCCUGGUUCAUGAGCAGUUCAACUUCACCAUGGAGGAUGGCCUGGAGAACACCAUUCCGGCAUUCUUCCAUGACGGGCUCCUGCUCUAUGUCCAGGCAGUGACAGAGACUCUAGCACAGGGGGGAUCUGUCACUGAUGGGGAGGACAUCACACAGCGGAUGUGGAACCGAAGCUUCCAAGGUGUGACAGGAUAUCUGAAAAUUGACGGCAAUGGAGAUCGGGAGACCGACUUCUCCCUCUGGGAUAUGGAUCCAGAGACGGGUGCCUUCAGGGUUGUACUGAACUAUAAUGGGACUUCCCAAGAGCUGGUGACUGUGUCAGAGCGUAAAUUGUUCUGGCCUCUGGGAUAUCCGCCUCCUGACAUCCCUAAAUGUGGCUUUGACAAUGAAGACCCAGCCUGCAACCAAGACCACUUCUCUACCCUGGAGGUUCUGGCUCUGGUGGGCAGCCUCUCCCUACUCAGCUUUCUGAUUGUGUCCUUCUUCAUAUAUAGGAAGAUGCAGCUGGAGAAGGAGCUGGCCUCAGAGCUGUGGCGGGUACGCUGGGAAGAUCUGCAGCCCAGCAGCCUGGAAAGGCAUCUUCGGAGCGCUGGCAGCCGGCUGACCCUGAGCGGGAGAGGCUCCAAUUAUGGCUCCCUGCUAACCACAGAGGGCCAGUUCCAAGUCUUUGCCAAGACAGCAUACUAUAAGGGCAACCUCGUGGCUGUGAAACGUGUGAACCGGAAACGCAUUGAGUUGACUCGAAAAGUCCUGUUUGAGCUGAAACAUAUGCGGGAUGUACAGAAUGAACACUUGACCAGGUUUGUGGGUGCCUGCACUGACCCCCCCAACAUCUGUAUCCUCACAGAGUACUGUCCCCGUGGAAGCCUGCAGGAUAUUCUUGAAAAUGAGAGCAUCACCCUGGACUGGAUGUUUCGCUACUCACUCACCAAUGACAUCGUCAAGGGAAUGCUGUUUCUACACAACGGGGCCAUUUGUUCCCAUGGGAACCUCAAGUCAUCCAACUGUGUGGUAGAUGGGCGCUUUGUGCUAAAGAUCACUGACUACGGGCUUGAGAGCUUCAGGGACCCAGAACCAGAGCAAGGACACACACUCUUUGCUAAAAAAUUGUGGACAGCACCUGAGCUCCUAAGAAUGUCUUCACCGCCAGCAAGAGGCUCCCAGGCUGGUGAUGUGUAUAGCUUCGGCAUCAUCCUUCAGGAGAUCGCCCUGAGGAGCGGAGUCUUCCACGUGGAAGGUUUGGACCUCAGCCCAAAAGAGAUCAUAGAGCGAGUGACUCGGGGUGAGCAGCCCCCCUUCCGGCCCUCCAUGGCCCUGCAGAGCCACCUGGAGGAGCUGGGGCAGCUGAUGCAGCGGUGCUGGGCAGAGGACCCACAGGAGCGACCACCAUUCCAGCAGAUUCGUCUGGCACUGCGCAAGUUUAACAGGGAGAACAGCAGCAACAUCCUGGACAAUCUGUUGUCACGCAUGGAGCAGUAUGCCAACAACCUGGAGGAGCUGGUAGAGGAGCGGACACAGGCAUACCUGGAGGAGAAGCAUAAGGCCGAGGCCCUGCUCUACCAGAUUCUGCCUCACUCCGUGGCUGAGCAGCUGAAGCGAGGAGAGACAGUCCAGGCUGAGGCCUUUGACAGUGUUACCAUCUACUUCAGUGACAUCGUGGGCUUCACAGCCCUGUCAGCAGAGAGCACACCCAUGCAGGUGGUGACCCUGCUCAAUGACCUCUACACUUGUUUUGAUGCUGUCAUAGACAACUUCGAUGUGUACAAGGUGGAGACCAUUGGUGAUGCCUACAUGGUGGUGUCAGGUCUCCCAGUACGGAAUGGGCAGCUCCAUGCCCGCGAGGUGGCCCGCAUGGCACUUGCACUGCUGGAUGCCGUCCGCUCCUUCCGAAUCCGUCAUCGGCCCCAAGAACAGCUGCGCUUGCGCAUUGGCAUCCACACAGGUCCUGUGUGUGCUGGUGUGGUAGGAUUGAAGAUGCCCCGUUACUGCCUCUUUGGAGACACAGUUAACACGGCCUCAAGAAUGGAAUCUAAUGGGGAAGCCCUGAAGAUCCACCUGUCGUCUGAGACCAAGGCUAUCCUGGAGGAGUUCGAUGGUUUUGAGCUGGAGCUCCGAGGGGAUGUGGAAAUGAAGGGCAAAGGCAAGGUUCGGACCUACUGGCUCCUUGGGGAGCGGGGAAGUAGCACUCGAGGCUGACCUACCUCUCCUGCUGUCCUUCCUCACUUCCCUUCCCUGUGCCAGAGAUGACAGAUGUGCCCAGUGUCUGCCUCUCCCUCAGCUGUCCCCCACUAUUGUGGAAGGAUCCAGGGACCUGGGCUGUCUCAAAAUCGAGUCACCAUAUGUGACUUCUGAGAAAGGACUGAUGCAGGGGACCCUUGAAGCUUACAGGACUGACUGAAGUACAUGGUCCUGCACAGGCGCACUGGUGUAGGCACAUGUACCAUGCCCACCCUUACUGGGCUGGCCGGAUUGGGAAAGUGAUUCCUUUGCCCUUAACUGUGCUCCACUGUGACUUUUACUGAAAGGGAAAAUUGUCACCUGAGGGGAAAUACGAAAAGAGACUCUAGAAGAAUGGAGAGGUGGACAGUUUAGAUCGGGGCCUAGCCCACCUGGGUUACAAAUAGACUCCUCAUGCCCCCCAGUCAUGGACAUAGUGCACGGGGAGAACAGGGCUGUGAAGAGGGGCUGCCUUGCUUCUCCUGUGAGCAGAGACCAUUAAAGUAUUUAAUCCAGUCU